AUGCAGACUGAAGGAGACCACUCUCAUGAAUCUCACCCACUUUUUGGAGGAGCCUUGUCCACUGUCCUGCCAUCAAGCUCUACAGACAUCAGCACCUUGAGAGAAAUCCCAGACAAUCAGGAGGUAUUUGCCCACGCACACACCGACCAGAGCAUCAUCGUGGAGCUGCUUGAGUACCAGUCUCAAGUGGCAGACCAGGAUGCAGCCAGUUAUCACUUUGAAGACAUUGCAGGGAGCAACAAGGCUUUGGAGCCAGGUGCCUUUCAAGUCACAAGUGUUACCCCUCUCCUCAAAUCUGAGCUGUCUCUGUCACAGUGCAGCUCGGGUUGGUUGUUAACAGGGGCCCAGUCCGUGUCCAAAUUCAACGAAGAAGCCAGGAAUACAGUGGCCAUUCAGCUUGGUCUCUUUCGCUUGCCUCAGUUCUCCACGGAUAUUUUAGUAACGUUCAAUGAUCCGCAAAGUAUAAGCCCGGAGAGCAGCAGUGCUAGUUCAGCUGGGUCAAACAGAGAGCCAUGGACUGUUCAAGACUUUCAGAGGGUGCUGCAGUCACUCACACUGCAUGAUCCAGGACUGUUUGGGUAA